AACUCUAACCCUAGUCAGGCCAGCACUCCCCCUAAAAGCCCCAGGCAAAUCUCUCUCUCUCUCUCUCUCCACCUCCUUUGUUUCCCUCUCUAAAACCCCUUUUCUCGGAACUUUGAUUUGGUUGAAUGGCUAGUGAAGUGGCGGCUGCUGCAUCAGAGGUUCCAGCGGGAGUGCCGGCAACGGCGGAGAAGCAGCCGCACAAGCUGGAGAGGAAGUGGACGUUUUGGUUCGACAAUCAGUCGAAACCGAAACAGGGCGCAGCGUGGGGCACUUCUCUUCGCAAGGUCUAUACUUUCGACACCGUCGAAGAAUUUUGGUGUUUAUAUGACCAGAUAUUCAGACCCAGCAAAUUCCCAGCAAAUGCUGACUUUCACUUAUUCAGAGCUGGAGUCGAGCCCAAAUGGGAAGACCCUGAGUGCACGAAUGGGGGCAAGUGGACUGUUACUAGCAGUAAAAAGGCUAAUCUUGACACCAUGUGGCUUGAAACUUUAAUGGCUCUAAUUGGGGAGCAGUUUGACGAGGCCGAUGAGAUCUGUGGAGUGGUGGCCAGCGUGCGCCAAAGGCAAGACAAACUCUCAUUAUGGACCAAGACUGCAGCCAAUGAAGCAGCUCAGAUGGGCAUUGGGAGGAAGUGGAAGGAGAUCAUUGAUGUCACUGAUAAGAUCUCUUACAGCUUCCAUGAUGAUUCCAGAAGGGAAAGAUCGGCGAAAAGUCGAUACAAUGUGUGAGGAUCCUAGAGUACAUUGCUGAGCAUGUCAGUUCCUGAACUUGAUAAACUGGAAAGCAAACUACGCAGCAUGCUCUUUUUUCUUACAAGCUAGUCACUAGUAUGUCUGUCGCAUGUAUCCAUGGUUGCUGUCAUAUUUUUUAACUGAGUUCUGUAGUUUGGUUUGUUUAAGGUGCUUAUAGGUCAUUUACUCUUCUCAAUUUUAAAAAGAUUUUUUGAUUCUCAUACUACUACAUAGCUUCUCAUCUCCUGUACUGUGUUUGAGAACUUUUCUCCUGCUGUACUACAAAGCCAACUUCAUACUUUUCCAUUGCUUUCCUAAUUUAAAUUCAAUGCCAA